CAUAUAUUCACAAUUUGUAGGUAGUACAAGAACUGAAAAAUAAUUUUUGGUUGCCAGUAUACCUGUAGUCGUUGCACUGAUCAGUCGAUAGUUUUGUGAUAAAUUAUUUCUCAAGUGAAUUAAAUUAUUAACCAUGGGACGUGAUUCUAGAAAGGUUUCAAGAGAACUUCGGAGUUCUGAAAAAAUUAAUAAGUCGCGUUCAGUCAAAAGAAAGAAUGUUUUUAAUCCGAAAACAGCCGAACGUGAUGAAAGUAUUCAGAGUACAUCUUCUAAAAAAUUAAAACAAAACACUGAAGAUGAUGUACCUGAAGACAGCAGUACUGAAUUUCGAAUAAUAAAUUUUAUUCAGGUAUUCACUGCAAUUUCUGCUCUUAUAAAAUGUAAAAAAUGUGAUGGAAAUGUAGUGUUUCAAACAGCAAGUACACGUGGGCUGGGAUUCAAAAUUGUAGUUGCAUGUAAUAACUGUGGAAAUGAAUAUAUUCCUUCCUGUUCUUUCGUUGGGCAUUCUUAUGAAAUAAACAGACGUUUCAUUUUUGUAAUGAGAAUACUAGGAAUAGGAUACGAAGGAUUGUGCAAGUUUUGCGGCCUGAUGGACAUGCCGUCUUUUUUAGAUAAAUCUACGCAUACAAUUUUACUGAAACAGAUUUUGAAUUGUAGUAAAGCCGUCGCAGAAACCUUCAUGACGAAAGCUGUGAAUGAAGAAAAGCAAGCAAUGCCAACAACUGAAAAUGAAGAUAUAAAUCAUCUAACUGUAUCGGGAGAUGGAACCUGGCAAAAACGGGGAUAUACAUCGUCAUUUGGAGUUUCUUCUAUAAUUGGCUAUUUUACUGGAAAGAUUCUUGACAUAAACAUUAAAAGUGCAUAUUGUAAGCUAUGUGAGUAUUGGAAAAAAAAAACAAAUACUGUUGAGUUCGAGGAAUGGUAUCAAUCGCAUGAAGAUGUGUGUUCUGCUAAUCAUCAAGGGUCUUCUGGGAAAAUGGAGGUGGAUGCGAUGGUCGAAAUGUUUUCGUAUUCUGAAACUAAAUAUGGAGUUAAGUAUGCCAACUAUAUUGGUGAUGGUGACUCCAAGACCUAUUCAGGAAUUAUAAAAUCAGAUCCUUACGAAAAUACAACUGUAAAUAUAAAGGAAUGUAUAGGGCAUGUCCAAAAGCGGAUGGGGAGUCGAUUACGUACGCUGAAGAGUAAACAAAAAGGUCUUGGUGGUCGAGGUAAGCUCACAGGAAAAUUAAUAGACAAACUAACUGUGUACUAUGGUUUAGCAAUACGCCGGCAUUGUGAUUCUAUUGAAAAUAUGAAAUCUGCUAUAAUGGCAACCUUUUAUCACUACGGCUCGAGUGAUGAAAAACCGAAUCAUGAUAUGUGUCCAAAAGGCGAAGAAUCUUGGUGCUCUUACCAGCGCGCUGAAGCAAGAGGAGAGCUUGAUACCUUUUCUCACGAUUAUUCUCCUUUACCUUCUGAUGUUUUAAAAGCUAUCAAGCCUAUAUACGAAGAUCUUAGUAAUGAAAAUUUACUUUCAAGAUGUGUAGGUGGAUUCAAUCAGAAUAAUAAUGAAAGCUUUAACCAACUAGUAUGGAAAAUAUGCCCAAAAACGGUAAAUACUAGUUUUACCAUCGUACAAAUAGCUGCAUACGUUGCUAUGUGUAUAUUUAAUGAGGGUAUAAAUUCAUUAUUAGUCUUGAUGAAUACACUAGGACUUAAUUGUGGGCCUAAUUCUCAUCGGUAUGCAGAAAGAAUGGAUGCUGCACGUAUCAAAGUAGCAGAUAAGCGCGCUAAUGAUAACACCCGAGAAGGUCGAUUGCAACGUAGGCACCAGCAAAUCGAUAUUUUGGAAGCUGCUAUGUCGGCUGAAGAGCUAUUAUAUGGUCCAGGAAUAGAUGACUCAGUAUGAAUCUCCAAGGACUUAUGAUGAUCACCGCAAAGGACUUCGGGAGGAACGGGCUCUACAAAAACAGCGAUAACUUUUUGAAUUAUUAAUUUUUUUUUUUGAAAUUUUCGUGAAGUCAAAUCGAAACGUGUUCUAAUAAAGCUAUGUUUUUAUUUUUGUCAAAUAAAGUAAUUAACUACAAAAAAAAAAUUAUUGAAAAUCAUCAUUUUUUCAUACCCCUGAG